AUUUAUCAAGUUUCUCCUAUGAAUUGAAUAAUAUUUUUAUUUUAUUUAAUUUUAAGUUUAAUGUAUUUAUUUUCAAAUUUAAAAUCUAUAAAAAUUGUCGAGUUAAGCAAAUAUCAUAUUAAAAUUU